ACUAAAAACAAUAUUUAUUAAAGAACUAAAUACGGAAAAUAUACAAUUGGAAGUGUGUGAAUAGAAAACCCAAAGUGCCAAAAGAAAAUAAAAUUUAAAAAAAUUUCAUUAAUUACUAUUUAAAUAAAAUUAAAAUGAAAGCUUAUAACUGGAGCUGGAGAUUCGUUUUCAUAUCGCUGGCGAUUGCUGUUCAAUGUGCUUCAACUAGAAAUAUUCGAGUCAAAAAACAAACCCCAAAUGUUGAAGCAGAUUUCUGCAAAUAUCUGCCUGAUGGCUUUUAUGAGUAUCCAUACGACUGUGCUGCGUACAUUUCAUGUAUCGACUCGAAAGCGUAUCUCCAAUACUGCUCUAGUGGGAAGCUAUUCAACAAAGAUCUACAGAUUUGUGACACGCCCGAUUCUGUUGAUUGUAGCGCAAAGCCAAUCCCUGACCCGGAAUGCCUGAAUGUUCCCAACGGAAGUGUGUUUCCUGUGAUAGACCAAUGCAAUGCGUUCAUGGUUUGCAUUGAACACCAAGCUGUACUGCAGACAUGUCCCGAUCAUUAUCUUUUCAAUCCUGUUAUACUUGUAUGCGAUGAUCCCAAUGAAGUUGUCUGCUAUAGUGAUCAGACUACUACUACACCACUGACAACCACACAAAAUCCAAAAACAACGACCGAAGCAUUUACAAAAUGUGUGGGAGAAAAGUCUGGUACUACCUUCCCAUAUAUUGAGGACUGCCAACAGUAUAUUUUGUGCCUCGGCGACGAUCAAUAUUACAGAGCGAGUUGUCCAGUUAAUGCCUGGUACGAUCCAAAGACUGGCGAUUGUGGACGUGAUGUGUCGAAGACAGCUUGCCAGGAAGAUGAAACAACAACCACCGUAGCAACAACUAUAACGCAAAGUCCACAAGAUCGCUGUGUUGAUCAGGAGCUAGGUGUUUCGUAUCCAAUAGUCACUGACUGUACAAAGUAUAUGUUGUGUUUGGGUGACGGAGAGUCUGUGAUUGUUGACUGUAUAUAUAAUGCUUGGUUCGAUCCCGCGACGGGCAAUUGUGAGCAGAACGUAUCGCCCACAGCGUGCCAGGAGAGUGUUAUCACUACAACCACCACAGCACCACAGACAACUGCAGGGACAACAACCACAGCACCGAAUACUGCAGGGACAACCACACUGAAGCCGUCGACAACAACCGAUCAGCCAGAUUCUAAGAUUUGUGCCGGAGUACCAAAGGGACAAUAUGUUAACUAUCCAGAUAAUUGCCGCAAAUAUAUUAUUUGUGUAGAGCCUGUGCCUAUAGCAUUCCACUGCAUUCAGGGAUAUUUCUUCAGUGCAGCACUGCAGCAGUGUGUGGAUUGGGCUCAAAGUGAUUGCGAAUCCAUUGGCACCACAAUGAUGCCACUUCCACCGACGCCUGCUCCUGACACCUGCAUAAAUGGUAAAGGAAAUACACUUCCAUUCACAGAAAAUUGUCAGUGGUUUAUUCGUUGCAUAAAUGAUAAAGUCUAUAUGAUGGGCGUUUGCGGCAUCGGUGAGUAUUACGAUCCCAUUAGUGGUGAAUGUGGUGGCACUGUAGCGCCCGACGCCUGUCUCCAGAGUUACGACCCAACUGCAACAACAACAACCGCUUUGCCGUCAACUACAAUGACUACAAUGACUACGACAGUUUCAACAACAACAACAACGACACCAACAUCACAGCCCGAUCCUUUUGAUCCUUGUGCGGGCGUCGAGGAGGGUGUCCUGGUGCCCUAUCCCAAUGACUGCACCAAAUUCCUUCAGUGUUAUUCGCCCAAUCCACUGAUCUUCAAUUGUGCUGAGGGUCAAGAGUUUAGUCCUUCACUCAAGCGCUGCAUGGCUCCCUGGUAUGCCAACUGCACCAUGACUGCAACAACUGCCAAACCUCUGACUUCUACUACCAAAUUACCUGUGACAAUAACAACAACAACAGAGUCCAAUCAAUCGCCUAAUGACAUCUGUGAAGGUAAACCUGAAGGCUCACUAGUGCCAUAUCCGCACAAUUGCUCCAAAUAUAUUGUAUGCCAAGAGCCCAUUGCUGUGGGCUACGACUGUCCAGAUGAGCAGGAGUUUAAUGUAGUUGUCAUGAGCUGCACGGACGCACAACUGGCUAAUUGCAUUGCAUAAGAUAAAGCAUGGAAACCGUUCUAACUGGAAUUCUAAUCAAAUGAGUAUAGGAAAAUUACGAAAAUGAAGGCCAGGCUUUGAAUAUUCAUGUCGAAGUUAUACUUUAUGAUGAUGACUCUUAAUGGAAGAUAAAAUAGUCGGAUGUCAAUUCUAAAAUUCGGAUGUGGUUAGACUCUUCUGAUUAAGAAUUCAAAUUAACUGCAAGGCUUUUCGAAUUUCACGAUAUUUAAAAAAAAAUUAAAUGCGUACUUACAGUAAAAAAAAAAAAAAA